UUACUUUCCGCAAACCCUACACUCUUUUGGUUCCUUGUCGCGUGGACUGCAGCGCGAGCUGCCCAUCACUGAUUCAUCCAAUCCCUCUAUCUAUAGCCUAUCUGGCCCAGGUGGCGUAGAGGGUUCUUAUUGUUUGACCUAUUUUCUCUGUUUCUUGAUCCAAGAUGGUGGAUCAAACUCGGUCAAUGGAGUCCCGCACAGGACGGAAAAACCAACGAUACGGAUCGAAAGGCGAACGUCUUGUGGCCGGUGUGGUCCCCUUGUCGACCGAUAAGUCACAGGUGCUUAUGAUUCAAUCUGCGGGACGAGGUGGCUGGGUACUUCCCAAAGGUGGAUGGGAAACCGAUGAAGAAACCGCCCAACAAGCCGCUUGCAGAGAGGCCUGGGAAGAGGGUGGCAUAAUCUGCACAGUGCUUAGAGAUUUGGGGUUGAUCCCUGACAUGCGCCCCUCUACUCUAUUGACGUCGCAUGCACCCAAGGCAACUUACCAAUUCUUCGAGGUCACCGUUGACCGUGAGGAAGCGCAAUGGCCAGAAAUGCAUAAACGAAAACGUCAAUGGGUCUCAUAUGCGCAAGCCGCAGCUGCUCUUGCGAGCCGCCCAGAGCUCUUAGAGGCAUUGAAUCGCAGCUCCAUGAAACGGUAGCGACUGCCUUCCCUUGCCUGAUAUUCCGGUCC